GCCAAGGAAGGGCGCGGUCGGUGGGGCCAAGCUGGAGAUCUGGGCCAACGCCCCCGUUGGGGAGGCGCUGCGGCCGCGCCCUCGGGACGCGCCGCCGCGGCAGGUGGCCGCGCUCGGCGGCCCCCCUGAGCAGCGCGCCCUGUCCACCGAGGGCAGGGCCGACAGCGCCGUGCGCCCGUUGUGCGGCGCCGAGGAGCGCGCCUGGCGCUGCCGCUCCCCCGAGCGCGACUGCGCUGGCUCGCCGACCGGGGGACUCGCGGUCGCGGUCGCGCGCCUGGUGGCUGACCCCGCGGCGGAGGGGCGCUGGCAGCUGCCCGAGGCUGAGCUCCGCUGGGUCAAGCCCGGCGGCCCCGCGCAUUUCAGCGGGGGCAUCGACGCCGACGGCUCGAUGGUAAACCCCAGCUGGCCGAGGCUGCGCGCGGGGGGCUGGGCGGUCGUGGUGCGCGACAACAACGCGCUGGAGCAGGGCCUGCGGGGCCCGCUACCUGUCCCCGCGACGUGCAGCCUGGCCCCCGAGAUCUGGGUCAUCAUUGAUAACGAGGCGGUGGUCGACGGCUUGCUGGCUGGGCGAGCUCGCUGCUGCGGCGGCGGCUCAGUAGCCGCCCACCUGUGGCGCCGCCUUUGGGGCGUGCUGGAGGACGGGCAGCUCGCGCCAGCAGGCGAGAACCUCGCGGUCGCGAAGAUCAAGGCCCGCGUCCCGGGGGCGGAGCGGCAUGCGCCGUCCGUCGGGCAGCGGGCGUCGCACGUGCUCGACGACGAGGCCGACAAGUUCGCGAAGAUGGGCGCCGCCGCUUGCCCCGUGCCCACUCGGGCCGCGGUGCGCGCGGGGGCGCGCAGCAAGUGGGCCAAGUGCGUGCCGGAGUACGUCGCCA